UCAAUAUUAGUCAUCUUCUUUGAGGAAAAUCAACUUUAACGAAUUAAUUUUAUGUAUUAAAACAAUGCCUCAAACAGCAACUGACGCAGAAAUUAACGAGGCAGCAGAGUCAUUUAUUUCAUUUUUAAAACAAGGAAAGCUCCGUAAUUCUUAUGAUGUUGCAUAUCAGACUGUACAAGUUCUCAGAAAAGUUAUAGCACAUAAAAAAUGGAGUACUGCUGGGGAUCUCAUGAAUGAUUUAAAGACAGUUGGUCAAAAGAUGACAAGUGCUCAACCUAUAGAGACUACUGUGGGGAAUAUAGUAAGAAGAGUCUUGAAAAUAAUUAGGGAAGAAUAUACUGGGGACAGUGGAAAUAAGUCAGAAGAGGGAGAUACUGAAGAGUCUCUUCAUAAACUGUUGUUAGCUCAAAAAGGAUCCGAAGAUUUUAGUAAACCAAGUCAUAAUUUAAGGAUGACGGUUAUUGAUUCGGUGAAUGAACUUAUUACUGAAAUUGAAUCAAGUGCUUACAAUAUCAGCAGUCAAGCAUUAGAACAUAUUCAUUCAAAUGAAAUUAUAAUGACAAUUGGCAAAUCGAAUACCGUGCAAGGCUUUUUAAAGAACGCUGGUCGUAAGAGAAAAUUUAGUGUUAUCGUGGCCGAAGGAGCACCGUUUUUCAAGGGUCAUGAAUUAGCCAAAAAUCUGGCUGAAGAUGGCAUCGAAACAACUGUUAUUAACGACUCUGCUGUGUUUGCUAUUAUGUCCCGAGUUAAUAAGGUUAUAAUUGGUGCGCAUGCUGUGAUGGCAGAUGGUGGGCUUCGAGCUGUCAAUGGUACUUUAUCUGUGGCAUUAGCAGCUAAACAUCAUUCUGUACCUCUCCUGGUAUGUGCUGCAAUGUACAAACUUACACCUCAGUACGUCGUGUCGUAUGACCAGGACAGUCACAAUAAAUUCAUGUCACCGCAUGAUAUCGUCAGAUUUUCCGAAGGAGAUAUUUUAGCCAAAGUUCAUGUUCAAAAUCCUGUGUUUGACUACGUUCCACCUGAUCUGGUCAAUCUGUUUAUUUCAAACAUAGGUGGUAAUGCACCGUCGUAUGUCUAUCGAUUGUUAACCGAUGUUUACCAUCCGAAUGAUACUGACUUGAAAUGAAAUUACAGGGCUGGGUUUAUCGCAGCUAACGUAAAGUUAAAAAAUGAAAAGCCAUUCAUGCAGUCAUUCAUGAUUUCAUGUAAUGCACAAUAAGUAACAUUAUUUGGCGUGGGGACUGGUCUUAAAGUGCUUUUAGCGCUGAAACUCGAAACUGAACAAGUAGGCAGUGGGACACCCAAUAUUUGUGUGAAAUUUCGCCUAUUUUGGAUAAAAAAUGUUUGAAAGGUAAAAUCAUUUUGAACUAUUAUGUAAAUAAUGGAUUAAUGAAAUUGACAAUAUCUUGCAACAAAAGA